UGUGUAAAUCGCCUUAGGUACAUCGUUCCUCCACUUCAUCGCCUGCCAAACCGGGAUGGGGAAGAAGAACAAAACGGAGGGUGGCGGAGCAAGAGAUCAACACUGCCCUUCGACUGUGUUCGUCUCCAACUUUCCUUACUCAUUCACCAACUCUCAGCUCGAAGAAACAUUCAGUGAUGUUGGACCGAUUAGGCGCUGUUUCAUGGUCACACAGAAGGGGUCAACCGAACACCGGGGAUUUGGUUUUGUUCAAUUUGCUGUUAAAGAAGAUGCUAACCGGGCUAUUGAACUGAAAAAUGGUUCAUCUAUUGGUGGUCGGAAAAUCGGAGUUAAGCUUGCCAUGCACCGUACUCCCCUUGAACAGCGUCGAUCCAAGGAAAAUCAAGCGGUUCAUUCAGAUGAUAUCAUUAAGACAAGAACGGAAAAGGAUAGUUCUUCUGAGGUGGUCAAGCAGGGACAUGCUUCAGACUUACAGGAAAUAGAGAAACAUGUGGAACUCAGAAAAGCACUGAAACCUUGCACUGAUCAAGCUGAUAAAGGGAGCUUUUCAGAAAAGCAGAGGGUUGCUCGGACUGUCAUAUUUGGUGGACUUCUUAAUGCUGAUAUGGCAGAGGUUGUUCACCUCCGAGCCAGAGAGGUUGGCACUGUCUGUUCUGUAACUUAUCCUCUUCCAAAAGAAGAGCUUGAACACCAUGGUCUCUCUCAAGAUGGAUGCAAAAUCGAUGCCUCAGCUGUGCUUUAUUCAAGUGUCAAAGAGGCACAUGCUUCUGUUGCGAUGUUACAUCAAAAAGAGAUAAAGGGAGGAAUUGUUUGGGCACGUCAACUGGGUGGGGAGGGCUCCAAGACUCAAAAAUGGAAACUCAUAGUUAGAAAUCUUCCUUUCAAGGCUAAAGUGACCGAGAUAAAAGAUAUUUUUUCAUCUGCUGGGUUUGUAUGGGAUGCAUUUAUUCCACAGAAUUCUGAGACAGGGUUAUCUAGAGGUUUUGCAUUUGUUAAGUUCACAAGCAAGCAAGAUGCAGAAAAUGCAAUCCAGAAGUUCAAUGGGGAAAAAAUUGGUAAAAGACCCAUAGCUGUUGACUGGGCUGUUCCAAAGAAAAUUUAUAUCACUGGUGCUAAUCCUGUUGUUGCAUCAGAAGAUGGACAACUGAAUGGGAGAGAUGGGGAAGGUGAUACUGAUAGUGAUGAUUUGGAGGAUGACACUACAGAUAUUGAUAAUAAAGUACCACACCCUCAAGGGGUUGGUAGUGCUCCAGAUGACUCCAAUACAACAGAGAAAGAAGUAAUGCCUACUGAAUUUGAUUUUAAUGAAGAAGCAGACAUUGCAAGGAAGGUUUUAAAGAACUUGAUCACAUCCUCUGCUAAAGGAACACUUCCUUCUUCCAGUGGUGGACCCACGGACCUAAAUUUUGAUGAAACCAUUGACGUACUGAAAAAAACAUCCAAUGAAUCUGAAAAAGCAUCAGAUGUAACUGAACCUGAAAACUCUAGCAAAAGCAAAUUAUUAAAUCUUAGACCAAUAGAGUCAGAAGAUGAUUUGCAGAGAACAAUUUUCAUAAGCAACCUGCCUUUUGAUAUUGACAAGGAAGAAGUUAAGCAACAAUUUUCCAAAUUUGGUGAAGUGCAAUCCUUUGUCCCUGUUCUCCAUCAAGUAACCAAGCGACCAAAAGGAACAGGGUUUCUUAAGUUCAAUACAGUAGCUGCAGCUGAUGCUGCAGUAUCAGCAGCAAACCCCACAUCUUCUUUGGGGAUUUUCCUGAAGGGCAGGCAAUUGACAGCUUUGAAGGCUUUGGACAAGAAAUCAGCUCAUGAUAAGGAAUUGAAGAAGAGCAAACCUGAGGAACGUGAUCACCGCAAUCUUUACCUGGCUAAGGAAGGUCUCAUUGUUGAAGGGACUCCAGCUGCUGAAGGUGUUUCAGCUAGUGACAUGUCAAAGCGCCAUAUGUUGGCAAGACAAAAAGAUACAAAAUUAGAAUCUCCAAAUUUUCAUGUUUCAAGGACUAGACUUAUCAUAUACAAUUUGCCCAAGUCAAUGACAGAAAAAGAAGUUAAAAAGCUUUGUAUAGAUGCAGUUACCUCACGUGCUACCAAGCAAAAACCCAUGAUUAAACAGAUAAAGUUUCUGAAGGAUAUGAAGAAAGGAAAAGUAGUCACAAAGAACCAUUCACGAGGAGUUGCUUUCAUUGAGUUUACAGAGCAUCAACAUGCACUUGUAGCCCUGAGAGUUCUUAACAACAAUCCUGAAACUUUUGGUCCUGAACAUCGCCCAAUUGUGGAGUUUGCUCUUGAUAAUAUCCAAACAUUGAGGCAAAGGAGGGCUAAGCUGGAGGCUUACCAGCAGAUUAACCAUGGCUAUCCAGAGGACUUGCAGCCAAAUGAUGACCCCAACACACCAGAAGCCAGCCCAAACAAGAAGAUGAAAUCAAGAAAACGUAAGUCCAGGGAUAAUGAUGGACCAUUGAAGACUUCAGAACCCAAUGAAGGAGAUGAACCAGAAGAUAAGGUAAUCAAAGGAGCUGUCAUUGAUCGACAUGGAGCUGCAAAGAAACAUAAGAUUAAUCCAGCAAAAGAAAAACAGAAAGACAAACGCAAGAAGCUGAACAAUUCCCAUGGAAUCGGGAAGCCUGAUGAUGAAAAACCCUUAAAAGCAGAAAGCACAAUCAGCAAAGCCCGCAAUUCAAAGUCUUCAGAGGAAUCAAAUAUGCUACCAAAAAAGAGGAAGCUGCAAGAGCAUAUAGCAGUACAAGAAGGGAAAAGCCCGAAACAAAAAACAAGGACCCGAAGGAGUAAAGAUCCAUCAGGGCAGGUCAUACUUGAUAAGUUGGACAUGCUGGUGGAACAAUAUAGAGCUAAAUUUUCACAGCAGACUGAUGACAAAACUGAUGGCCAAAAACAAGGUUCCAGACAGCUUAAGAGAUGGUUCCAGUCAUAAUUUAUACUUAAGAUGGUUUGUAGCUGUGAGUGAUUUAUUCUUCCAUGGAAGGAACUGAUGUCUAAAUGCUUAAAUUUGUUGCACUGUUAAAAUUUUGACAAUUUCCGGAGGAUUGUAACCCUACAACCUUGCAAUUUUGUUACCCCACUUUCAA